AUGGUGCGACAUAGUUCCGAGGUCCCCAGUACUACUCCUGGGGGACAGACCACCCUGGGCUCCUCGUUCUAUCCACCGGAGUAUAUUUGGAAUUCCCUCUCUGAUACCCAACGCGAUUCAUUCAUGUCCACCGUGUCCGCUUCCCUUGUUGCAGGCGACGGGCAGCGCAAGCGCCCACGUAUAGACCUCACCACGGAGGAGGAUGUCGACGACGGUAGGGUCCCGUCGCUUGUUGUGCCAGUCCUCCCCCGCUUCCCCGGUCUCGACCGUGCUGCCAUUAUAGCCGUUUUCGAACACACCUUCCGCCCAAAGAAGGACCUCAUAAAACUUCGCAGCCCCGAGUUCAAGGCCACGGCACCGGAUGGCGAGUCCUUCGACUUAAAGUCCACAUCUCCUCCGCAAGGUAGUUUCAAUCAAGGAUUGGGGUAA